GGGUCGGGGUUAACUAGAAAACAUUCCAAUCCCGUUGAUGAAUCUUCCUCCCACCCGGAUCAUCCCCGAAAGACUCCCCAGAGAUGAUCAUCCAGGUUACCACGAAACCUCUUUCCUCUCGGUCCAGUCUCACCAGUUAACCCUUCACCUCGAUCCCAGAAUUUGCAUCCAUCGACGAUCUCAAGGCCUUUAACGACGACGAAUUCACGGACAACCCGUUUGGCAUAUUUUUCGGGUAUCUGGCCGAGCUCUGCACCACGUACACCUCCGAGGCCUCCAUCAACCGAGCGCACCAACGGAAAGCCAGCGACAGCUCUAUCGCCACCGAGCUCUCCACCUCUAGUAAUGAGGGGAAGCGCGAGACGGUCAGCACCGAGGCCCUCAAGAUCUUGAUCAAAAGUACCCUGGGGAAGAUGAAAGAGGAUCGAUCCUUGGCUACGCCGGGCCCGGAGGGGUUGUUUCUCACAUGCUUCGCCGCGGAGAACCAGUUCCAGUGGGAUAUGGCGGGCGUCACGGACGUGGUGGUAAACGAUGGGUCGGUGGGAGUUAACUUCCGAGGAAGCUUUUCGGGAUCCGAUCGAAGCUCUAAGGUACCGGUGGCUAGUUUGGAGUGCAAGCCACGGGAUGCCGGGGGGGUCAAGCGUGGCUCUGGGGAUUCAGAAUCCUUCAUCGCAUCGGUGUUUGCCCAGGAGGUGGGUGAAAUGAUCGGGGGGAUGAUCGCCCAGAGAACCAAACUGGAAUUGAUCAAGCACCGGGAUCAGGAGUCGUUUGUGGUCAGCAUGCAUGGAACGCUCUUCUAUAUCAGCGCGGCGUAUUUCUCCCCGGAGUAUAUUAGAUAUAUGGAGACCACCCGACCUGGAGAGGUCACAGAUGUUGACGGGGUUCUCCUAUGGGUUCGAAGAUCGAUCCAUUUCGAUCUCAAAGAUGCGAAUCAACGAGGACAGGCGUUGAAGUUCUUGUGGGCGUUGAUCAGGUACAUCGCCAGUGGAGAGGCGAGAUUGAACAUUGUGACGGCGGCCAUUGAUGCGCAGAGGGGCGUUGCAACGAAUUAAUCCUGCUAUGGACGUUGACCACAUGUGAUAUGGUAUAUAGUAAGAGAAUUAGAUUGAACAGGGGG